AUGGGACAAGCGGACGUUAUCGAGAUGCGGCGGCCCGAGAAUGACUAUGCCGCCGUCAACACCACGACGAGUUCGUCCGGCAAAACGGACGACAGCGCCGGGGACCACUAUGAGGGCCGGCAUGCGCAAUCGGACGGCGGCACCGGCGGCUCCUCAUUGAGGCGUUUGUUCUCCUUCUGGCAGUUGCUGGCCUUCGCCCUGAUCUUCAUGUCGUCGUGGGAGGUCAUGGCCAUGGACAUGGGCGCAACCUUUUACAACGGCGGCCCGCAGACGCUAGCCUGGGGCAUUGUCCUCGUGGUCAUCGGUGCCAUGGCGCAGGCGCUGUCCAUGGCUGAGCUCGCGGCGAUUCAACCCAUCGCCGGAGCACAAUAUCACUGGACUCACUUCCUAGCGCCGGAGAAGCACCGACGGUUCAUUACGUGGAUGCAGGGUUGGGUGACAUGGUUCGCCUGGGUCUCAGCGCUGGCCGGCUCCGCCGCCUCCGAGGCCAACAUCAUCAUCGGCCUCGUCAGCACCAACUACCCGUCGUACCAGUUCCAACCGUGGCACAUCACUAUGGUCAUCAUCGCGCAGCUCGUCGCCUGCGGGCUCAUCAACAUGUACGCCUUCCGUACGAUCCCGUGGAUGGAGCUCCUCGCCGGGGUGCUGCACGUCGCCCUGUGGCUCGUCUUCGUCGUCGUGCUCCUCACCCUCGCGCCGCGUGCCAGCGCCGAUUUCGUCUUCUUCGAGCGCACUGUCAGCUCGGGCUGGACCAACGGCUUCGUAAGCUGGAACAUAGGCAUGCUGGUCCCGGCGUGGGGCUUCAUCGGGUUCGACGGCGUGGUACACAUGGCCGAGGAGGUGCGCCGGGCGAAGCAGGCAGUGCCGCGGGCCAUGCUGUGGACGAUAGUGCUCAACGGUGUCCUGUCGUACGGCAUCAUCAUGGCCAUCUUAUUCGGCAUGGGCGGCGCGACAGAAGACAUCCUGGCUUCUGACUAUCCCAUCAUCCCGCUGCUGUUCAACGCAGCGGGCCCUAAGGCGGGGACGGCCAUGGUGUGCGGCCUGCUCAUCAUCACGUUCUGUGUCGUCGCCGCCUCGCUGGCGUCGGUGUCGAGGAUCACCUGGGCGUGGGCCCGGGACGGCGGGUUGCCACGGUACUUUGCCAAAGUGCACCCCAAGCACCGGGUCCCGAUCCGGUCCGUGUGGCUGCCGUGCAUCAUAGUCACCUGCUUGUCGAUGUUCACUGUCGGGAACAACGCCACGGCGACGGUGUUCUCGGCCUUCACCGCGCUCUCCUCCCUGGGCUUAUACAGCUCGUACAUCAUCGCCAUAUCCUGCAUGCUCCACGCCCGUGUGACCGGACGCAUCGGACACGGCCUGGAGUACCAGGUGCAGUACGGCAGCUGGUCGCUGCCCAAGGGAUGGGGGGUUCCGAUCAACAUCUACGCGCUGCUGUGGUCGAUGUACCUGACCAUCUGGCUGCCGUUCCCCCAGACUAUUCCCGUUACCGGGACGGAAAUGAACUACGCCGGCCCGAUCUAUGUUGUUGCGGUGGUUGGCGCUCUGACGCUCUGGUUUGCCAGGGGUAAGAAGCACUGGGCGGGAUUGAACAAGACGGCGAUCGCAAACGUCGAGGCAUAUAACUGA